ACCACAUAGACUGAAGACUAGAGUGAGAGAAAGUAGGAGAAGAGAGAGAAGACAAAAAUGUCAAUGAGGAAAGAAGGGGAGGUGGUGUGCGUGACCGGGGGGAGUGGCUACAUCGGUUCCUGGCUGGUCAGUCUCCUCCUCCGCCGUGGCUACACCGUCCACGCCACUGUCAAACAUCUCAACGAUGAGAAAGAAACCAAGCACCUCCAAGCCCUAGAAGGAGCUGAAUCACGUCUCAGCCUCUUUCAGAUGGACCUCCUCCGCUACGACUCCAUACUCGCCGCCGUCCACGGCGUCGCCGGUGUCUUCCACCUUGCUUCUCCCGUCAUUGUUGAUCAAGUUCAAGAUCUCGAGAAGGAGCUAUUGGCACCGGCAAUUGAGGGGACAAAGAAUGUACUCAGAGCGGCGAAGGAGUUGGGGGUUCGACGUGUGGUGGUGACCUCGUCAGUAUCGGCCAUCACGCCGAGCCGCUAUUGGCCAGCUGAUGUGGUCAAGGACGAGAAUUGCUGGACUGAUGUAGACUACUGCAAGCAGAUGGAAUUAUGGUAUUCAGUUUCUAAGACACUAGCAGAAAAAGCUGCUUGGGAAUUUGCUAAGGAACAAAGUUUGGAUGUUGUUGUUCUGAAUCCUGGUACUGCUAUGGGCCCAAUUCUUCCCCCAAACCUUAAUGCAAGCAUGUUAAUGCUUCUUCUCCUUCUUCAGGGCUGCACUGAAACUUAUGAGGAUGUUUUUAUGGGAUCUGUCCAUGUUAAAGAUGUGGCCUUAGCGCACAUAUUGCUCUAUGAAAACCCAUCAGCAACUGGAAGGCACUUGUGUGUUGAAGCUAUAUCCCAUUAUGGUGACUUUGCUGCCAAGGUUGCGGAACUUUACCCCGAAUAUAAGGUCCCCAGGCUGCUGAGGGAUACUCAACCUGGAUUAUUGAGGGCCAAGAAUGCAUCUAAGAAGCUGAUGGAGUUGGGUUUAAAUUUCAUUCCUAUGGAGGAAAUUAUCAAGGACGCCGUUGAGAGUUUAAAGAACAAAGGAUUUAUUUCUUAAGCAAAAUAUGUCUUGGCAUUCUACAAGGUACUUUGUAGCAUAAAUAAUCAUAUUUAGUGGAUUCAAUGUACUUCUUGAAUGAUCUUCUCCUUGUAAUAGAGGGGGGCCGAACAAACCGAAUUUGGAAGCAUGCCAAACAUAUUUUUAAAUAGCAGUAUUAGAAUAUGUAUUGGUGUGAUAUAGGCAUAUAUCAGCUAAUAUGGGUUAAAAAUAGUCAUAUAUGAGCUAAUAUGGGUCAAUUUUUAA